CUGACGAGGCUUCGCAAUCCAUCGUCGAAUUCAGAGCAUUCGGGUUUCGAGGCAGCGCUAGCCCUAGAUUGGGACAGGCGCAUGAGUUGCGGUCCAAUGGCAUCGUUUCUCGUAUUCUCAUCAAUCAUUUCCUACACAACACAAGCCAAGUCUUACUAUCUGUGCGACUUCGAAAAGAUGGUUCAAAUACAGCUGACGCCCACCAGAGGAAGGAAAAAAAGAGAAGCAGUCUGAAAUUGAAAAGUCUUCUUGCGCGCCAUCAUGGGAUACUUCUCGCUCACCAAGAUCGCGGUAACACUGACUUGUCUGGUUGUUGCGAAGAGGAUAUACUGGGAGCUGACAACCGGCUCACGGCAACGCGACUUCAGCAAACGACACGGCUGUCUCCCACCCAAGCAGAAGAAAUGGAAAGAUCCUUUGCUAGGUCUCGACGCGCUGACGGGCAACUGGAAGGCUUUGAAAGAACACCGCGUCAUUGAGUAUUGGAUCAGCUGGCUGACCGACAACAACGCUCAUACCAUCUCCACCAACGUUAUGGGCGGGAAGCUGUUCUUGACCGACGAUCCGGAGAAUGUCAAGACUAUCCUCGCGACUAAUUUUGCCGACUUCAGUGUCGGCCAGGAACGGAUCAAGAUGUUGUCUGCUUCGAUUGGUAAAGGCAUUUUCACGUCCGACGGUGCAGAGUGGAAGCAUUCGAGGGAUAUCCUUCGACCGUGUUUCGAACGCAAUCAAGUGGCCGAUACUUCCCUUCUCGAAAGACACACCGCUCGCCUCAUUGAAACGCUUCCGGCAGACGGGUCGACUGUGAAUCUGCAGAUUCCGUUUCAGAGGCUGGCGUUCGAUAUCGUGUCUGAGUUCUUGCUGGGCAAGAGCGUGGAUGCGUUGUCGACUAUGGAUAAGCAAGACUCGGCGUGUCGUGAGUUUGUGGAUUCGUUCGAUUAUGUCAUGGAUCCGCUCUCGGAGAAGAAUACGAAUGCUCGUUGGGGCAUGUUGGGCAUGUAUCUCCCUGAUGCUGAGCACAAGAAGUGUGUGAAGCGCAUGCAAAACUUCGUCGACAACAUCAUCUCCGAAGAACUCUCCUCCUCGACCAACUCUUCCACCCCCUUAAACCGCCACCUCUUCCUCCCCUCCCUCCUCUCCGAAACCAACGACCUCGUCAAAGCCCGCAGCGAGCUCCUAAACAUGCUCGUAGCAGGCCGCGACGCCACCUCAGCCGUGCUAACCAACCUCUUCUUCGAACUGCCCCGGCACCCAACCAUCCACGCCCGCCUCGUCUCCGAAAUCCGCUCCCACACAGCCUCACCAGACGAACCCCCAAGCUACGACCAGCUCAAGAAAAUGAAAUACCUCCGCGCCUUCAUCAACGAAGUCCAACGCCUGUACCCCGUCAUCCCCUCCAACUCGCGCCAAGCGCUAAAGGACACCACGCUCCCCCGCGGCGGCGGACCAGACGGCACCGCGCCCGUCUUUGUGCCAAAAGGCGCGUACAUAGCGUACCACGUAACCUCGCUGCACCGCCGCACAGACAUCUACGGCCCGGACGCUCAUCAACUCGUUCCAGAGCGCUGGCUCGAACAAGACGACAAAGACGAGAACGAACGCGAUGCGAAGCCGCUGAGGCCCGGGUGGGCGUUUAUCCCGUUCAACGGGGGUCCCCGGGUGUGUAUUGGACAGAACUUUGCGCUUACGCAGAUCAUGUUUAUUGUUGUGAGGAUGUUGCAGGCUUUCGAGAUUGAGGGGAGGGACGAAGGUCCUUGGACGGAGAAGAUUACGUUGACUUGUACGAAUCUUGGGGGUGCGAAGGUGGGGUUGAGAAGGAGGGAGUGAUGGGUUUCGGGAGGGUGUUGGUAGAGGCAUUUUCCUUCUUCUUCUUCUUCUUCUUCUUCUUCUUCUUCUUCUUCUUCUUCUUCUUCUUCUUCUUCUUCUUCUUCUUCUUCUUCUUCUUCUUCUUCUUCUGUUCUUUCCAUGGCUCUUUCUCUUUUGCUUGUGGUGGCAUCGAUGGGAACGUGUAACUACAUGUAACGGUUCUUGUUGUGGGAUUAGGAGUUCUCCUCUCUUCUUACACCUGUAUAUUUGGAGACCAAAAGAUGUAAACACUGAAGUUAGUACAUACAUAUACGACAUCAUCUCUACUUUGAACGCAAAUGAACUCAUAUCUCUUACUCCUCGUACUGAAACACGCGCAC